AUGUCUUUGGACAGCAUCCAAACCUCCCUCAUGGCUCGAUCAGAACAGACUCACACCUCCAUCUCUGCCAGAGAGAGCGAGGGAGCAGGCCGACACCAUGAAACCUUUACACCCAAAUGUUCCUCCAUCCACGAUGAGGAGCCUCUGGUGCAUCUGCAGCUCCAGCAGCCAGAAGGAGAUCUCUUCUCCUGUGGAUGUGACACGACCGAGGAGCACGCCAGCCAGAGCUCCUCCAAUGACACCCCGGCCCCAGAGAGGGCCAUGUGCCAGCCCUGCACACCCCCAUCAGCUGUAGAAACUGAAGAAGAGCCAGCUUCCACCUCGCAGCAUGAAGAGGAAGAGGCAGCUUCUGCAGAGGAGGAUGCUUCCACUGAGGAGGUAACAAGUGAUGGAGAAGAAGAGCAAGAGGAGGCAGCUUCUCAGGAAGAGGUAGAACAAGAGGAGAUGAUCCCUGAGGAGGAGAGUGUGAAGGAGGAGGAGGAAAUAGCUGAGGAGGUUGCAUCUUCUGAAGAGGAGGACGAGGAGGUAGCUGAGCUUGAGGUAGAGGAGAAAAUCGAAGAAGGUGAGGAAGAAGGAGAGGAAGAAGGAGAGGAGGAAUUACCACAAGAGGAAGAGGAAGUGAGUGAACCUCAAGAAGAAGCUGCUGCAGAAGACGAAGCAGUUGAGGAACCAGAGAGUGAAGACACACAGGAGGACACAGAGGAGGAGGAGGCUGCUGUGGCCGAAACAGAAGACGAAACAGAAGAUGAACCAGCUGAACUUCCUCAAACAGAGUCUGAACCUGAGGAGACAGAACCAGAAGAAUCUGAACCUGAACCAGAAGUUAGUGCAGAGCCUGAACCAGAACCAGAAGCGGCUGCAGAGGCUGAACCAGAAGCAGAAGAAGAGCCUGAACCAGAACCAGAACCAGAAGUGACUGCAGAGCCUGAACCAGAACCAGAAGUUAUGGCAGAGCCUGAACCAGAGCCAGAAAUUACUGCAGAGCCUGAACCAGAACCAGAAGUUAUUGCAGAGCCUGAACCAGAACCAGAACCUGAAACAGAACCAGAAGUUACAACAGAGCCUGAACCAGAACCAGAAAUUACUGCAGAGCCUGAACCAGAACCCGAGGUGACUGCAGAGCCAGAGAUUGAAGUGGUUGCAGAGCCAGAACCAGAAGUCCUUUCAGAGCCAGAGAUCAUAUCAGAGCCUGAACCAGAACCAGAGGUCACUCCUGAAGUGGAGCCGGAGCCUUUUGUGGAAGUGUCCGCACCAGAAUCUGUAGAGGACGUGGCUGUGGAGGAGAAGCCAGUGGAGGAGGCACCUGUUGAUGUCGAGGAGGUGACAGUAGAGGAGGUGACUGCAGAGGAGCCUGCACAGUCUCAAACCAAAGAACAUAAGAAAAAUGAAGAGGCGGGCCCAACAGUGAGGGACCGCACCCACAUUGAGGACACGCUGCGAUUGGCUACUACUGAACCCUCUGCAGAAUUCUCAGCUGCUAUGAAGAAGCUGUUGAACAUCUACCACACUGCCAUCAAGCCAAUGGAGCAAGCCUACAAGUACAAUGAGCUCAGGCAGCAUGAAGUCACAGAUGGUGAGAUCACCUCCAAGCCCAUGGUUCUGUUCCUGGGACCGUGGAGUGUCGGCAAGUCCUCCAUGAUCAACUACCUGCUGGGUCUCCAUGGCACCUCACAGGAACUCUACACAGGUGCUGAGCCCACCACCUCAGAGUACACAGUCAUAAUGCACGGUGACAAGCAUCGGUCCGUAGAGGGCAUCGUCAUGGCAGCAGACAGCUCACGGUCCUUCUCGCCUCUGGAGAAGUUCGGUCAGGGCUUCCUGGAGCGGCUGGUGGGCGUUGAGAUGCCCCACAAGUUGCUGGAGAGGGUCACCUUCGUCGACACGCCCGGCAUCAUAGAAAACCGCAAACAGCAGGAGAGAGGUUACCCCUACAACGAGGUGUGCCAGUGGUUCAUCGACCGGGCCGAUCUGAUCUUCCAGGUGUUCGACCCCACUAAGCUGGACGUGGGUGGGGAGCUCGAGAUGCUCUUCAAGCAGAUGAAGGGCCGCGAGUCCCAGAUUCGCCUCAUCCUCAACAAGGCAGACAGUCUCUCCACCCAGGACCUGAUGAGGGUCUACGGGGCCCUGUUUUGGAGCAUGGCGCCCCUGAUCAACGUCACAGAGCCUCCUCGCGUAUACGUCAGCUCCUUCUGGCCUCAGGACUAUGCUGCAGACACCAGCCGAGAGCUCUUCAUGAAGGAGGAGACCUCCCUACUGGAGGACCUCAACCAGGUUAUCGAGAAUCAGAUGGAGAAUAAGAUCGCCUUUAUCCGGCAGCACGGAAUCCGUGUACGUAUCCACGCCCUGCUGGUGGACCGAUACCUCCAGACCUACUACGACAGGCUGGGCUGGUUUAGCGACCCCUACGAGGUGUUCCAAGACAUUGUCAACGACCCGGAUAAGUACUACAUCUUUAAAUCCAUUCUGGCCAAAACCAACGUCAGCAAGUUCGACCUGCCCAACAAGGAGGCCUACCAGGACUUCUUCGGCGUGAACCCAGUGUCCAGCUUCAAGCAGCUGUCCUCUCACUGCAGCUGGACCGGCGGCUGUCUGCUGGAGAAGCUGGAGAGGGCCAUCUCGUACGAGCUGCCGGCUCUGCUCAGCAGUGUCAGCAAGGCCCCAGACACUCCUGCACCAGUGAAGGCUGCACCCGCACCUCCGCCCCCCCUCCCAGGUACCUGUGAGGGUCCCGGUUGUGAGGAGAAACCCAAGAAUCGCUGGAGGAAGCAAUGA